GCAGCAGAGCAAGAGAGACGAGCUGGGACGCACAGUCGGAUCUCUUCUGAACUGGUUUAUCGAAGACCCAGUAAGAGUUGCAGAGACCUGGAUGACGCAUCUUCACGUUGUACGCUGUAGAGUAGUGGUUAGAGUUCAACGCAACACUUAAGAUUUUCGGUAUGACAUCGCAGGCUGUUCAUCCGGAAUACCUCAUCAGUCAGUUGACACACACCUGUCUAACUGUCAUCAGUGGAACAAGUAUUCAUGAUGCCGUUAUUGGAAUGGCAAACUGUAGCGGCAGCUCAAAACAGCAGUGGUUUCAGAGCGGUGGCCUUUGGCGGUGGGGAGGUGACCAGAACCUCUGCCUUUUCAAGAGUGAGGAAGAAGGUAAACUGUGUUUAGCAUUGAGUGAUGAUAUUUCAGAGUACUGGGUUUUUGACGAAGACAUGAGGCUAACUUUGGGAACACAAGCUCUCACUGUGUCUGGACAAGGAGCGCAGAGUCAAGUGAUUGUUGAGAAAAUGUCUUCUGGACUCAAACAGAAAUGGUGGACUCUCUCCCAGUUGGAGGCCACCAUGGAGGGUCACUACCUAGCAGGGGAACAUUCAUUGACUCCAUCUCUAUUGGAAAUGUGCAAGAAAGAAAUUGAUAAGUCUGCUGCACGGAAGAGGUCAAUAAAUCAUAGGCGCCAAGUGCAAGAUCAGUGCCAAGGUGGAGAGGACCUCGUGGCAAGGUCUUGUGAGGGGGAAGUCAUCUGCAGUGAGGAAUGUACAGCUAGUCCAGAAUACCUUAUCAACCAACACACUCUUACAUGUCUGACUGUGAUGGAUAGCAAUGGCCCUGAUGAUGCGACUAUUGAACUGUCCCCUUUUACUGGCGGCAUCAACCAGCAAUGGCUUGUCAAUGGCAAGCAGUGGCACUGGAUGGGAAAUCGUUCUUAUUGUCUUUUGGCUAAUGAAAAGAAAGGUGCUGUGAGGCUAGGGGAGUUAAAAAAGAACGUAACAUCUUGGAAUUUUAACGAAUCAGGCUUCCUGAAGACCAAGUCCAAAGUGUUGCAGGCGUCUUUAGAAGAGCCACAGACACGAGUAACACUCGCCGCCAAGAGCGGGGGUCAGCACCAAAAGUGGUGGAAACUCUCCGAGGUCAGGGCUGCGCUGAAGGUCACACAACUAACAGACGCGCGUUAUCCCGAGGCUCUGGUGAAAAUAGCUGAACAAAUUUCCCCUGGAGAUGAAAGCUGCAGUCUUUUCCAUGAAGAGGAUGGCGUUAGCUCAUUCCUUCAUGAAGGACAAGGCAUUCUUACAGAAGACAAGGAAUAUCUGGUUAAUCAGAGCACGCAUACUUGCUUAGCAGUACUUAGUGGACCAUUGGAUGCUGUCAUAGGUCUGGCACCAUAUAAUGGCAAUUCUAACCAGCAAUGGCUUGUCUGUGAUGGGACAUGGCGGUGGGCUCACAAUCACUCUCUCUGUUUAGCUCCCGACUUUGACGAGAACUGUUUACGCCUUGUGUCAACCGGUGAUGAGGAUCCAAAAUGGGAUUUGGAUAAGGAAGGCUUUUUCAUGAAUGGAUCACACGCUGUGGGGAUAUCAGAGGACGAUGACCCAUCAAGACUUUCCUUACAGCCAAAACUGGGAGUUAAAACUCAAAAAUGGUGGACACUUUCUGGCUUGAAGUCAUAUGUUGGACUUCAGUUGUAUCCACUCCCAGUAAAUGACAUCGAAACUUAUAGACAGGAGAUCAAUCGGGGAAUAAUUAACAGUUUAACUCCCUUGAUAAAACCCUUACCACACCCAAGAGACGUUGGUCACUAUCCAGGAUCUGUGCCCGCUGCAGUACCCAGAACUAACUUUUUGUGUGUUUUAAAGGCCAACACAGUGCAACAACGUGAGAACAUCCGAAUGAGGGCGCCUAAAGAUUGGCAGGCCACCAAUAUGUAUGUGGUUGCUGGUGAUAUAUUCAUAAUCGUUCUGCCCGAUGACCUUCCUUCAAGUCAAGCAAAGCAAAUAUCUGUAAAAGUUGGAGCUCAAACUGAUCGCCUGAAGCCUACAUUACCAAAAAUACAGAACCACGGUUUCAAGCGAAUGCCAAUUGUGUCAGAGGAUUUUUAUGUCAAUCCGGGGAUCAAUUUCUUCCGCAGUCAGUAUGGGGGUAACCUGAUUUUCUUAUAUGAGGGAGAAGAAAGCUUCACUGUGACAGCGGAAGUGCAAAAUGUCGUUGAAUCUCCUCAUUACAUACUGGGAGUAACAAACGAAGAGGAAUGGGAGAGAAUGAGAACUUUAAAUACCCCUUUCUGUGUACUCGAGAGCAACAAAGUAGUGUUAGUAGUUCCGACAUCCAGGGCUACUGAAAUUCCAGACAUUGAUGUAUUACUCCAACGCUACGAUGACAUUAUUGAGAAAAUGGAAGAUUUGUCCGGAUUUUCCGAGGGCGAUCCUCCACCCCAGGGAAAGCAAUGGCUAGUAGACGACAUUCAGAUUACUGCUGGAAGUGCCCAUGCAGGUUUUCCUAUAAUGUUUCAGCAUCAGUUUAAUGACCUCACCUUAACAAAAACGCCAUAUUCUUGGGCUGUUUGGCAUGAAAUUGGCCACAAUUACCAGCAAAGGCAGUUCUGGUCCCAUGCUUAUGGGAGUGAGUCAACAGUUAACCUCUUUUCACUGUACAUCCAAGAGAAGCUAGAAGCCGAUGACCGCCUUAAAAGUCAAAACAAAUACAAGCCAACGAGCAGAGCCGUAGACGACGGCCUCACUUUGGAAGGUGCCGAUUGCUGGCAGAAGCUCAUUUUCAUGAUGGAGAUCAAACACGCUUUCCCAGACCACGGAUGGGAUAUUUUCCGGCAUCUGAAUCGUGUAACCCGAACGUUAGAGAAAAAGGAAGCAGACUCCUUGAAGGCGCGCCGUCAGAGGCAGUACGACCACGCUUACAGGACCAUGAGCAAACAGGUGGGCUCUGAUUUGAUCCGCCAUUACGAGAGAUGGAGUGUACCCGUUUCUGAAAAUGCCCGAGAAGAAAUCGAGUCUCUCGGACUUCCAAAGGCUCCUGCAAAUUUGUCAGCUUAUUGUCCUUGAGACUUCUGAGGAUAUAUAAAAUAUUAGUAUUAGCCAAUUACAAUAAUGAGGAUCUUUUGCAAGACAAGUAACUGGUUACCUCAUGGAGACAAAUUUGAUGUUAAUUACGGCUAUCACGCCUACACGAGUUUCUUUCCUUCCAAAUACUUAUUUUCUAUCAGUGUUUCAUGCAUUUUUCUUAUAUGCAAAUCAUAAUCAUGUGUGUUUUCGGCGACCACAUAAUGUUUCCGAGAUAUUACUUUAGAACAAAAAAAAACAAAAAAAAAACAAUAAAUUUCGCUUUGUGAAGGGAAUACUGUGAAAUCCAAGAUUUUUAAUACCUACUCAUGUGACAGCAGAGAAAUGAUAUUACUUUAACAGGCGCCUUUUUUCAGAAAAAUGAGGAAAUAGUUUUUCAGAUUUAUUGGAUUUUAUUCGAACCAUUUUCUACUCGGUGUGGCAUUGUUAACAGGCCAUCAUUUUUUUCAGGUAAUUUACCUUUUCUCCCACGAGCUCUGUUGAUUUUACUUUUUGUUUGUCAAGAUUUUCUUUCAUCAGUUUCUUAACGCAUUUGAACUUCAUUCGCCCAAUACCCAUCCUCUUGUUGUUAGUACACUAUUUAAAUGAUUUUAAUUUUUCAUUAAUUUAGCGUACACCCCCUCCCCUUUUUUCCACCUACGCUUGCUCUCAUUUUCGAACUAAUUAACAAAAUAUACACAAUUUCUUUCUCAUAUAGGUCUUGGUGACUGCCGUCUUCAGUGUUUCUUCUCCCUCUGCUGUUAAACCACCUAGACAUCAUCCACAUUCAAAGGUGGGAAAAAUAAUUUAGAUGAACACAAAGGAAAAUAAGCAAAAGUAAUACUUAAUAUUAUAACAGAAAAUUUUAUAUGGAAGAGCUGGAAUAUGCUCUUUUGAAGAGCAACAAAUCUGCUCCUGGAGAUGAUAAUAUUUGUUUUGGGAUAUCGGCCGCUUAGCACCUUUGGCAAAGUCAUAUUUAUUAUAUUUUUAUAAUUCAUUAUGGCCUUGAAAUUUUAUAUCCUGAUAAAUGGCGUCACUGUAAUAAUCCCUAUCCCUAAACCAGGAAACGAUCCCAGUAUAAAUAAUUACAGACCAAUUUCUUUAACAACUUGCUUAGGCAAAUUGUUAGAGAAAAUGGUAAAUGCUCGACUAACAUGGCCCAUUCAAGAAAUGUUAUUUGACUCCCACUCAAUUCGGGUCACAGAGUAACAGAUUUACAUUAGAUUCUCUAACUUGGAAGACCGUGUGCGUAGAGGAUUUGAACGAAAACAAAUUACUGUAGCUGUCUUUUUUUUACCCUGAAAAGGCAUGCGAUAGUGGAGGUCUGCUAUAUUAAAAACUACAAAACAACAACAUCCGUGGACAUCUACCUAGGUUUAUCCAAAACUUUUUGACAAAUCGCAAUUGUCAGGUGAGAAUUGAUGAUGUUUUGUUCAGAACAUUUCCACUUGAGAAUGGUGUUCCACAGGGAAGUGUCCUUAGUGGCACUGUUUACUUUAGGAAUUAAUUGUACCUAUUUGAAUUAAAAGUAACCGUAUAUGGAUGAUUUUGCCAUUUAUCAUUCAGCAUCUUGAACAAAACAUGCAGAACGAAUCAUUAAUAAAAGCAUAAUAAAAAUAGAUGAAUGGACCUCAUCUGUAGGCUUUCAAUUUUUCAUAGAUGGAACUCAAGCAACCAUGUUUUAUAUAUUAUAAAGAAAAAAAGCGGAAAAAGGGUGAAGAAAUA